UUAUCUUAACGUUGCUACGAGAGAGCAGGCGGAGAGGAACGGCAUCUAAAAAACCGACUUGGAAAAACUACUUAGCGAGCCCCUAGUCUCGGCCUUGAGGGGGCACCAGCAUGAGUCAGAAGUUGCCGGAGUCUGAAAGAGACUCUGCUCAGGAUGCGUCUGACUUUAACUGGGACGAAUACCUGGAGGAGACUGGAGCCGUGUCGGUGCCGCACCACGCCUUCAAACAUGUGGACCAGGGCCUGCAGACCGGCCUGGCUCCGGGCAUGAAGCUGGAGGUGUGUGUGCGCUCCGAGGCCGACAGCCCGUACUGGGUGGCCAACAUCAUCACCACAUGUGGCCAGCUGCUGCUGCUGCGUUACGAGGGGUACCAGGAUGAACGGCGUGCCGACUUCUGGUGUGACCUGAUGACGGCAGACCUCCACCCGCUGGGAUGGAGCCGCCAGCACGGGAAGACAAUGAAGGCCCCCGAGGGUGUGCGUGAGAAGCACCAGGACUGGGAGGCUCUGCUGGAGAAGGCCCUCGCUGAGGAGUGCAGCGUGCCCGCUAACCUGCUGGAACUGCCGCAGCGGGGCAGGGACCCGGUGGAGCUGCUGUGUGCCGGCUGCUACGUGGAGAUCCAGGACGGUGCUGACCCGGGGUCAGCCUGGGCUGCUGAGGUGGAGGAGAACGUUGGAGGAAGGCUGAAGUUGCGUCUGGUAGGAACCGAGGGCCUCCCGGACACACCCACAACCCUCUGGCUCUUUUACCUCCACCCACGCCUCCACCCACCCGGCUGGGCCAAAGAGCACGGCUGCACCCUCAGGCCUCCCUCAGACUUGUUGGCCCUGCGGACAGAAGCAGAGUGGGAGGAGGUGCGACAGAGGAUCAGCGACCUGCCUCAGGACGAAGCUCUGACUGCAGAGCUCAGUAAGGAUCAGCCUGCCAUCGCCGCCCAUUGUUUCAAAGAAGGAAUGAAACUGGAGGCUGUUGAGCCGGCUGCUCCCAUUUCCAUCAAGCCUGCCACUGUCACCAAGGUGUUCAAUGAGCAGUACUUCCUGGUGAAGAUGGACGACCUCUGUGGCAUUGAGGAGUCAGACGGUGCCGCUGGAAGGUCCUUCCUGUGUCACAGAGACAGUCCUGGGAUCUUCCCUACUCAGUGGUGCCUUAAAAAUGGAGUCACUCUCAGCCCCCCUCCAGGACACCAGGGUCCGGACUUUGACUGGGCGGAUUACCUGAAACAGUGCGAGGCUGAGGCAGCUCCUCAACACUGCUUUCCAACUGAACAGUGCGACCACAGCUUCAAAGAGGCCAUGAAACUGGAGGCUGUCAACCUGCUGUCCCCUGAGAACAUUCACGUGGUGACUGUCACCAGGGUCAAAGGGCAGUACAUCUGGCUCAGCCUGGAAGGACUUAAGCAGCCUAUGCCCGAGCUGAUAGUUCAUGUGGACUCCAUGGACCUCUUCCCCGUCAGCUGGUGCGAGACUAACGGCUACCCACUCGUCUUCCCCAUCAAACCUCAAGUUGAAAAAGACAGGAAGAUUGCUGUGGUGCAGCCAGAGAAACAUCGAUUUCCACCUAAGUCAACAUCACCUGACGUCAAGCAGCACAUGGGCUACAAUUCAGAGACAGGACAGGGGAACGGGAAAUACACCUGCCCCAAGAUCUACUUCAACCACCGCUGUUUCUCUGGGCCGUACCUCAACAAGGGACGCAUUGCAGAGCUUCCUCAGUUCAUUGGGCCUGGAAACUGUGUCCUGGUGCUCAAAGAGGUACUUACUCUGCUGAUAAACUCGGCAUACAAGCCCAGCCGGGUGCUGAGGGAGCUGCAGCUGGACCAGGAGAGCCGCUGGCAGGGCCAUGGAGAGACACUCAAAGCAAAGUACAAGGGGAAGAGUUACCGGGCCACUGUGGAAAUAGUCCGCACUGCAGACCGUGUGGCAGACUUCUGCAGGAAAACAUGCAUCAAGCUCGAGUGCUGCCCGAACCUGUUCGGACCUCGCAUGGUUCUGGAGCGCUGCUCAGAAAACUGCUCUGUCCUCACCAAGACCAAAUACAGUAGGUGGUUUACAGAACUACACCCUGCAGGUUGUGGAGAGGUCUCUUUUCUAUCAGAGCAGACUAUGAACAUAACCUCUAAUUGCUUUAAUGACUUAGUACUCUCUAUAUUUGCUUGUCAGCCGUGA